AUGCCGCCACUCCCCCAAGCAGCCAAGCUUGAAGUAACCAAGGUAGUUAGAGAGCUUUUCAGUGGCAAGGCUCUGGUGGUGGAUGAGAUUCUUCCUGAGUACUAUAAGGCUCUGGAUGUUGUUAUUGGUUGGAAGGAGGGUUAUGGAAACUGUUCAUCACUCAUAGCAGCUGAGAUUCACCUGAUCAGCUCAGUUGUCGGGACGGGAGAACACGACUACACCAACAUGGACGGCGCUGGUUGGAGUCGGAUAUGCGUCGCUCUUGUUGUCGCUGUGUGGCUGCCUGUCAUUAAUGGAAGUCCGAUAGGCACUACAACCAUUAACUGUGUUUCGGUUUCUGAAGCAAAGCAUCUGGGUGCUGUGGAUGAAGAAUAUUCAGGUGAUGUGGAGCUGGUGACUGGUAUUCCACCUGGUACCAGUCUGACCCUGGAGGUGGACAUUUUCGACCAUCUUCAGUUUCUGGAGUUGAUCUACACUCCAGGGGAAAGCACAGCAACUGUUCGUACCAAGAAGCCACUCGACGCAGACAAACUGGCUGAUAGUGAUAGAGUGUUGUACUACAAGUUGGUGUGUGGCCAGGAUAAUAAGCGCCGACUGACAGUCAAUGAUAUCAACGAUAACGGCCCAGAAUUUCAGCAGAGUUUCUAUAACGCAACAGUUUCAGAGAUUACAAACCCUGAGACUAAGGUUCUUCAAGUGACAGCUGUUGAUAAAGACAGCAGCCCUCAAUUCAACACCCUCGAAUAUUCCUUUGAACCACAAUCUGAAGACUUUUACAUAACAAACACGGGGGUAUUUAGGGUAAAGAGGCGACUCAACUACAAUGUUGCCCCAAAGUAUAAUUUUAUUGUCACUGCCAAGGACGUAGACAAACGGCAAAACACAACCUCUGUUGAGAUAAUUGUUACAGACUAUGAUAACUUGAAUCCUUAUUUCAGCCACAGUCUGUACCAGGCUACUAUUUCAGAGAACCAGGAUGGACAACUUAGUGAAAUCACACCAGAGGCAAUAAAGGCCCAAGAUGGAGACUCUGGAAUCAACAUGACUGUUGUAUACAGCAUCAGCUCUGUCUCUCCUGCCAAGUACCAAGCAAACUUUAACAUCAACUCUGGCACUGGAGUUCUGUCUGUGGUGACGGCCUUUGACAGGGAGGACAUGGACAGCGGUGAGAUCUCUGUCAACAUUAAGGCGGCCCAGACGGAUGACCUACUGAAAACGGCUGCAGCCAUUGUUUCUGUCACAGUAGAAGAUGUGAACGACGAAGCUCCAAAGUUUGAUCAGCCUAAGUACAACGUUUCCCUGCUGGAGAACUCCCCCGCCGACGCCGUGGUGUUCAAAGCCGUUGUCACUGAUUUGGACCAGGGAGGAUUUGUGGGAACCUUGAAAAUUCUUCCAGAAUCAACCCCCUUCUCCAUCAGCCCUGAUGGGACGGUCCGAGUGAGAAACACUGAAGUUCUGGACCGAGAAGUCACCAAAGCUUUUGUCUUUCAGAUUGAAGCAAAGGAGACCGAUGCUCCCCACCAUAGUGCAACAGCCCAAGUCACCAUUAACCUCCUGGAUGAAAAUGACAACAGCCCAAACUUCACCAGCAGCAUGUAUGAAGGAAAGGUGUUUGCAAAUCAGACGGUGGGGAUGCCGGUUGUCCAGGUCAAAGCAGAAGAUCCAGAUGAUGGAAUAAAUGGGGAGAUCCAAUAUUCCAUUGAUUUUGGGAACAGCGACGGAUACUUUUCCAUCAAUGGCGUCACUGGGGAGAUCACUCUGGCUAAAACCAUCCCACUGGAGGACAACAGGCAGUUGCAGUUCCCUCUUUUCAUCACAGCCAGAGACGGAGGUAGAUUAUCUCGUUCCGCCUCGGCGCAGGUGAUGGUUACUGCUCCUGGAACCUUAAAGCCUCAGUUUAUAGAAAAACUCUACCAUGGCACAGUGGCAGAGGGGCAGGAUCCAGGAGUUCACAUUCUGAAUGUAAGUUCAACAUUUCAGCAACAAGUUUUCACACAAAUGAAAGCAGAGGUCUUUAGCAAGGUGCGUUUCCUGACCCUUCUCUCCUUAUCAGCUACUGAUCCAGACGAUGGUGCGAAUGGGAGAGUCACCUUCAGUAUUUCCAAACAAGACCCUCCGUCCGCGCCUGCAGUCUUUGAGCUGGAGGCUGCCAGCAGGGUCCUGAAACUCGCCCAGCCUCUGAACUACAGCCAGGUCAAACAGUUCACUCUGACGGUUCAUGCCUCAGACGGCGGCUCGCCCUCACUGUCUGGAAACAGCUCAGUGGUGGUGAAGGUGAAGGACGUCAACAAUAACCCUCCUAUGUUCAGUAAGGGAAGCUAUGAAGUGGAGGUUUCUGAGAACCUGGCAGGAGGCGCAUCCAUCCUCACGCUGGAGGUCACUGACGCAGAUGAGGGAGGAUUUGUGGGAACCUUGAAAAUUCUUCCAGAAUCAACCCCCUUCUCCAUCAGCCCUGAUGGGACGGUCCGAGUGAGAAACCCUGAAGUUCUGGACCGAGAAGUCACCAAAGCAUUUGUCUUUCAGAUUGAAGCAAAGGAGACCGAUGCUCCCUACCAUAGUGCAACAGCCCAAGUCACCAUUAACCUCCUGGAUGAAAACGACAACAGCCCAAACUUCACCAGCAGCAUGUAUGAAGGAAAGGUGUUUGCAAAUCAGACGGUGGGGAUGCCGGUUGUCCAGGUCAAAGCAGAAGAUCCAGAUGAUGGAAUAAAUGGGGAGAUCCAAUAUUCCAUUGAUUUUGGGAACAGCGACGGAUAUUUUUCCAUCAAUGGCGGCACUGGGGAGAUCACUCUGGCUAAAACCAUCCCACUGGAGGACGACAGGCAGUUGCAGUUCCAUCUUUUCAUCACAGCCAGAGACGGAGGUAGAUUAUCUCGUUCCGCCUCAGCAGAAGUGAUGGUUACUGCUCCUGGAACCUUAAAGCCUCAUUUUUUAGAAAAACUCUACCAAGGCACAGUAGUGGAGGAGCAGGAUCCAGGAGUUCACAUUCUGAAUGUGCGUUUCCUGGCAAUCCCUCCUGAGACUGUGACCCUUGCAGUUACAAAGGAAGGCGACAAGUUCUCCAUCUCAUCAAGCGGUGAAGUCAAAACCAAAGUGAAGCUGGAUUACGAUGAAGCUCCACACAACUAUUCAGUGGAGAUCUCCAUCAGUGACGGCACCACCAGUGACACUGCAGUUGUGAAGGUCGAAGUCACUGACAUUAACGACAACAACCCUGAAUUUGCCUCCAAUGUGUCCAAGUCUGUCCCAGAAAAUGCAGAGGUUGGAUCCAACGUCGCGGAAAUCAAAGCCACAGACAAAGACAGCGGCUUCAACAAGGAGAUCAGAUACUCCCUGAGAGGAGGAGAGGGGAGGUUUUCCAUCGACCCUGUUUCUGGGUUGGUAAGCUUGGCCGCUCAGCUUGACAGGGAGACGACGGCGGAGUACGAGCUCCUGGUGGUGGCUGAAGAUCAGGGUCGUCCUGCCAGGUCUGCCACCGCCACGCUGCAGGUCCAAGUGACGGACGUCAACGAUAACCCACCCAAGUUCUCUGAGCAGGAGUAUCAGCUAGAGGUCUUAGAAACAGAGUCGGUGGGAGCGACCCUUCACUCCUUAUCAGCUACUGAUAAGGACGACGGUGUGAAUGGGAGAGUCACCUACAGUAUUUCCCAGCAAGACCCUCCGUCCGUGCCUGCAGCCUUUGAGCUGGAGGCUGCCAGCGGGGUCCUAAAACUUGCCCAGCCUCUGAACUACAGCCAGGUCAAACUGUUCACUCUGACGGUUCAUGCCUCAGAUGGCGGCUCGCCCUCACUGUCUGGAAACAGCUCAGUGGUGGUGAAGGUGAAGGACGUCAACAAUAACCCUCCUAUGUUCAGUAAGGGAAGCUAUGAAGUGGAGGUUUCUGAGAACCUGGCAGGAGGCGCAUCCAUCCUUACGCUGGAGGUCACUGACGCAGAUGAGGGUGGAUUCUCUAAUGGCCACUUCGUCUACACCAGCGAUAUUUUUGACAUUAAUAAACAAGGGGUUGUCUCACUAAAGAUAAACUCAGCGUUGGACAGAGAGACACGGGACAGCUACAGUUUACAGGUUGUAGCUGUGGAUCAGGCGAGCGGCGGUCUGAGCGCCACAGCUCAGCUCAAAAUUACCGUCCUUGACUAUAACGACAACAGCCCACAGUUCCCAAGCAUCCCUUACCCCUUAGAGUUCCCUGAGGGGGAUUAUUCAGAAGAGAAACCAGGGGAAAUAUUCACCAUCGUGCCCACAGACGCAGACAUCGGUCCGAAUGGAGAGGUCACCCUCUCGCUUGCCUCCCACAACCCCCUCUUCAGAUUCAGAGAGGAUGGGAUGCUGUUGGCUGUUGGUUCUUUGGACCGAGAAAGCAUUGAAACAUAUGACCUGGUUCUAAAGGCCUCAGAUAAAGGCAGCCCUCAGAAAGAGAAUAUCGCCACUAUCAGAGUGAGCCUCACCGACGUCAAUGACGAAAGACCGCAGUUCAACCCCAGCAGCUACCACAGCAGCAUCCUGCAGAAAGACGCAGAGAAGGGGAAGCUGCUGCUGACGCUGAGCGCCUCGGAUCCCGACGCCGGGAACAACUCGCUCAUCACCUACAGAUUUUCUGAAGGAAAUUCCAAAUAUUUGGCUCUAAACAGUGAAACAGGGGAAGUGACACUGACCUCUGACCUUUCUGAUGUGACUGAAGACACCAGAUUGCUGCUGACCGCUGAGGCCACGGAUCAUGGCACUCCUCCGCUCAGCGCCACGGCUCGUGUGAUGGUGGAUAUAAGGAUUGCCAGUCUGGCAGAAGGUUUGGCCUUCCAGAGCUCCUCCUACAACUUCAGCCUGCAGGAGAACCAGCCAGCAGAGGUUUCAGUGGGGCAGGUCCUGGCCUACUCAGGAAGCACCCUGUACGGGGUCUCCUAUGCCCUGAAAACACACACCAACCUGUUCUCCAUCACCAGCGAUGGAGAAAUCUUGACGGAAGAAGAGCUUGACAAAGAGCAGCAGGAGUGGUACAUCCUGGAGGUAGAAGCCGUGGACACACGGACGCCACCAACAUCUGCAGUGACGCUGGUCAGAAUUCAUGUUGAGGAUGUAAAUGAGCCUCCAGAGUUCGCCUCAGAGGAAUAUGAAGCCUCUGUGUUCAACUUUGCACCGUACAAAACCCCAGUGAUCCAGGUCAAGGCCUUUGACCCUGAUGUUGGACACAGCAGCGCUCUGGUCUACAGUCUGACGGAGGACUCCCUCUUUGACGUGGAUCCAGCCUCAGGCCUGGUCUAUGUGGUUUCAGCUGCAAAUACGGGCAAAGAAAUUACUCUGAAAGUUAAAGCUACAGAUCCCAAAGGACUUGAUGCUACAGCCACAAUAAAGAUUGAAGUUCAGGAAAGUGCGAGCAGCAGUGAUGUUGUAACCAUCGCUAUCAAUCGGCCGGCUAACGUUGUGGAGAAGAAGGUUCCAGAGCUUGAAAAAUCUUUGGGUAAAGUUCUGGGCUGGACGGUGAAUAUAAUCCAGGUGUGGAGCUCUGAUGGAUCAGACACCCGAACGCUGAGGGCUUCUUACCGGACGUUGGUCAGCUUUGUUGCUCUUGAUGACACAGAAGCCGUUUCUGCUGAAGAAGUCCAGAAGAAACUGCAAAGCGAGUCUGAUGAGCUGAAGGCAGAGCUGGAUCUGUUGUUUGGAGAGAAGCCUGAUUUUGACGUAGUGACAGAUUCUACCACCCCCGCCUCAAACAUGGCGGUAGUCAUCGCUUUGGGCGUUCUGUUGGGCCUGAGCCUCGUGGGACUGAUCAUUGCCACCGUGUUUGCCGUCAGGUAUAAAAGGAGCAAGAAGCUGAAGGCAUUGGACAAGGAGAGCUUGACCAGCAACCGCCACUCCGUUGGUUACGCGAACCAGAAUUUCAGGAAGCAAUCGGAAUCCUCUGUGAGGUGGGACUCCGAUAAGAACAAACCAGGAGACAAAGAGACGGUGCAGUGGGGCGGAAAGGUCGAGGACAGGAGGACAUCAAAGAAGGACAAUGACAGUCUGAAUCUAAGCGAGCGCAGAAACAGCGGGAGUAGUGGAAGUCUGGAUUCUGCUCUCUGAUGUGAACAUCUCUCCGUUUUCAAGCAAAAAAACCCCACAGUUAUAACGUUAUAAAUGACCUCUGUGACUUUAACCUUUUUUUUUUUUUUCUCCAAACACAGCAGAACUGUACGUUAGAAAGCAUUUAAGUUUGUCUCUGGUUUAAUUAAAGAAAGGACAGAUUUCCCAACAUGGAUCCUAGUUUAGUCUUUUAUAUAAAGGCUUUUUUUUUUACAUUGAUGCAAAGCUCCAAUAAGUCGUCUGGAGGAAAAGUGAAUAAGGAGUUUCCACUUCACUCUGCCCUGUAUGAUGGUGUUUCAAAUCGCUCCAGGAUCAAUGGGCAUUUUUCUCCUUUGUUUUGUCAAAGAUUUAGGCACCAAAGCGGUUUGGAAAUCAAGUUUAUAUAAAAUGACACAAUCAGCAAGCUGCAGUAAUUUAAAGGAAUAUGUUCACGCUCAGUUUUAAUAGUUUCUUGCUUUGUAAAUUAACACUUUGGGUGUAAAUCGAGAAGCCCGUCAUUUAUUUUUAUGUUCAAAUUCAUGAAAUGCAAAUGAACCUACAGAAGUGGGUUGAUAUUUUAGACGUUCUUCCUCUGUGGACGUUAUUGGUUGUUGUAAAUAAUCUAAAAGGUUUUAAAUAAAAAUAUUCCUGAGAACUGUGUCCUG